AUGGAAGAAGAGGCUAACACGUCAAUUAUCCUAGGAAGACCAUUUCUAGCUACUGCUGGAGCCAUCAUUGAUGUGCAGAAAGGGAAACUAGUCUUGAGAUUGCAUGAAGAGAAAAUGGUCUUCAACGUCUUUAAAGCAAUGAGUUACCCCAAAGAAUCCAUAGGAAAAUGCAUGCUGGUAGAUACUAUGCAACAGAUAGUUCAAGAAGUCAUGGAAGAAGAACAAUGUGGAGAAAGCAUUAAGCUGGAACAAGCACCAGAUGGAGAACUACCACAAGCAACCAUGAGAAACUCAAUCAUGCCAACUACCAUGGACAACAAAGAUGCAGAGUCACCAAAACUAGAGCUGAAAGCCUUACCACUCAGCUUGAAAUAUGCAUAUCUGGCACUCAAAUACUUGCUUACUAAACAAGAAUUUAAGCCUAGACUAAUAAGGUGGAUCCUUCUGCUCCAAGAAUUUGAUAUUGAGAUUAAAGAUAGGAGCGGAGCAGAGAACAAGGUAGCUGACCACCUCUCAAGGAUCCCACAAGAUGAAGAAAUGCAGCAAGUAGUAGUAAAUGAAAGCUUUCCUGAUGAACAAUUGAUGAUGAUUCGAGUAGCCCUUUGGUUUGCAGACAUAGCUAACUUAAAGGCUAUUGGGGAACUACCAACUAACAUCAACAAGCACAUGAAGAGGAACCUAAUCAAGGAUGCCAAACACUACAUCUGGAAUGACCCCUAUUUGUUCAAAAAAUAUGCUGAUGGAGUCCUAAGAAGGUGUAUAUCCCAUGAAGAAGGGCAGGAAGUGUUAUGGCAGUGCCAUGGGUCAGCAUAUGGAGGUCACUUCAGUAGAGAAAGGACAUCAGCAAAAGUGCUUCAAUCCGGAUUUUACUGGCCAGCAAUGUUUAAGGAUGCCAAGGAAAUGGUGUCAAGGUGCGAUGAAUGUCAAAGAACUGGUAAUCUAACCAAGAGGAAUGAGAUGCCACAACAAUACAUACUAGAGCUGGAGCUAUUUGAUGUAUAG